CUUAGUCCUUACCACGUCCAGCGUUGGGUAAAUCAUUUUUGAAAGGACCAUGCUACACUUACACCAAAAAAUAUACCCCAUUUGUACACCACAGGUUUGCACAAACAUUUCGAUGGUUUACACCGACACAAGUGUUGGUGCGUUAAUAAAAAUUCACACGGACACAAAUGUUGGUGCAUUUAACAAAAAUUAGUUUUACACCAACACUUACACAAAGUGUUGGUGCAAAACUGCGGGGUACAAAUUGGGGUACAAUUUGUAAUCAAACCCGUUGGGGCUCCGUCUUGGACAGGUGCUCAUCCCUUCUUAACUCUGUCUUUUGGGGGAACAUUUACGCAUUCCUUUUCCAAAUUCCAAUACAAUCCGUCUACAAUGUCUUCCUCAAUUUUCUUCUGCAGUCACCAACUCCACAGCGGCAACACCCACAUUCAUUCCCUCAGGAAACACUGUUCGUCGCUUUCUUCUUCGUCGCCAAAUUGGCCUCCAUCUCCUUUCCACGUGAAAUCCCAUUUCGGAAGAGCUCUUCGCGUCAGUGCCACAGCUCCAGAUCAUCGAGCUACCAGAAAAGGAGUACAGACAGGGUACGGCAGAGAAGAAAAUUCUAAUAAAUUGGCUGAUGAAGUUGAUGAGGAGACCGGGCUUGCAGGGAUGACACUGUUUUCUCCUUGUAAGAUAAAUGUUUUCUUGAGAAUAACAGGCAAAAGGGAAGACGGGUUUCAUGAUUUAGCAUCCCUGUUUCACGUAAUUAGUCUAGGAGAUAAAAUAAAAUUUUCUGUGUUGGAAACAAUGACGAAAGACCAUUUAUCGACGAAUGUUCCCGGUGUCCCCCUUGAUGAGAGAAAUUUGAUACUUAAGGCUCUCAAUCUUUACAGGGAAAAGACUGGAAGUAACAAGUACUUUUGGAUUGAUCUUGAUAAGAAAGUGCCUACUGGGGCUGGUCUAGGUGGUGGAAGCAGUAAUGCUGCAACUGCUCUGUGGGCAGCAAAUCAAUUCAAUGGGUGUAUUGCCACUGAAAAGGAUCUCCAAGAAUGGUCUAGUGAGAUUGGCUCGGAUGUACCCUUUUUUUUCUCUCAUGGAGCAGCCUACUGUACUGGUCGAGGUGAGGUUGUUCAAGAUAUCCCAUCACCUAUACCAUUUGAAAUUCCAAUGGUUCUCAUAAAGCCAAAAGAAGCAUGCUCCACUGCUGAAGUUUACAAGCGUCUUCAAUUGGAGCGGACAAGCAAGGUUAAUCCGUUAAGCUUGCUGGAGAGUAUUUCAAAUAAUGGAUUAUCUCAGCAUGUUUGUAUCAAUGAUUUAGAGUAUCCUGCAUUUGACGUACUCCCUUCCCUGAAAAGAUUAAAACAGCGAAUAGUUGUUGCAAGUCAAGGAAAAUAUGAUGCUAUUUUCAUGUCCGGGAGUGGAAGCACAAUGGUAGGGAUUGGUUCUCCUGAUCCUCCACCGUUUGUAUAUGAUGAUGAAGAAUACAAUGAUGUGUUCUUGUCAGGAGCCAACUUUAUUACCCGCACAUCUAAUCAGUGGUAUACAGAACCCUCUUCAGCGUUUCCAAGUCGAUGGGGUGUUGAAAAGGCUUUGAUGGAGGUAGUCUAAAGCCGUUGUUGCCACUUGGGGAACGACCUCUGCGUUACUGAAGUUUCCCAAAAACUCGGAAGAAGCCAUAUAAAUAUAUAUCGAAUCAAUAGUUAUCGAAAAAUCGAAUAAGACCAAUCUGAAUGUUGGUUCAGUAUUUGGAAGGUAAACAGUUAAUUUAAUAUGAAGCAGAGUCUUUACAACAUAUAAAAGUGAUACUCGGGUAGUUUAAAACAACGAUUGAGAUUUGAAACAAAAAUAUAUACUUCAGUACAUAUUUUCAGAAAGGCAUUUUUAUCAGGACAUGUCUUUGUAUUUCUUUUGACAAUAACCAUGGAUUUGAGGA